GGAACGCUGCUCUUCCACAAACGGACGCCCACCUUCUGCCAGUCCGAGCGUGACGCGUGCAGAGGAGGGCUUGGUUUUACAGAAUGCAGCCGCAGCCGACUGUCAGUUCACAUACUGAGAUCUGCAGACACAGGAGAUAUCACAGCCAAGCACCGACGAGACCAGCUCCAAUCCCGUAGCAAACCAGUUCACGUUGAUUUUUCUUUUGGAAAUAAUACAGUAAUUAAAGAAUAUACAGUGAAUGAAUUGAACAAAGUAGAGUAAACUACGCAGAGAAGGAAGAAGAAUGGGGCAGAAUACGCUAUUAAUAUUGAUGACUUUAUUGUCUUAUUGCGUCUGGAGAGAUGAGGCUCUGGCUAUGACUGAAGUGGAUGGACCAGUUGGUGGUCCCCAUGUGGCAGAACCGCAGAUUGCCAUGUUUUGUGGGCGUCAGCUUCUGCACAUGAACACUGAGACUGGACAGUGGGAACCUGAUCCUCAGGGGCGCCAGGGUUGCUUCACCCAGCCCAGCAGGAUCCUGUCAUACUGCCAGGAGAUGUAUCCAGGACUUCAGAUCUCCCAUGUGGAAGAGGCUUCAUCUCCAGCGACCGUCCCAGGCUGGUGUAAGAAAGGAUGGGGUCACUGUCAGACCCGUUCCUUCAUUGUUGUUCCCUACCGUUGUCUUGUUGGUGAAUAUGUAAGUGAGGCACUCCUGGUUCCAGAUCGUUGCCGCUUUUUGCACCAGGAGCAAAUGGACUCUUGCGAGAGCUACGUGUACUGGCACAACAUUGCGAAAGAGGCUUGCACAGCUGAUAGUCUGGAGUUGCAUAGUUAUGGGAUGCUGUUGCCAUGUGGUGACCGUUUCCGUGGAGUGGAGUAUGUGUGUUGCCCCGGCAGGGCUGGAACAACUGGCCGUGGUGAGACAGAGACAACAGAUAUUGUACAAGGAGAAACACCACCUCUUGUAUCCAUGGCUGGAGAAAAAGUUACCACUAGUGUGAAAACGAUGCCCACCACACCCAGUCCCUCCACCGAGACUGACAUAGAGGAAGAUGAUAUGGAGGAGGAAGAGGAGGAGGUAGUGGAGGAAGAGGCAGAUGAGGAAGAGGAAGAGGAGGAGGAAGGGAAUGAAGAGGAGGCAGCUGAGGUAGAGGAAGCAGAGGAAGAGGAACCCACCACGACAGUAAAAGACCAAGAGGAGUAUGAGUAUCCAAUCGAUUCUCAUUUCCAGCCCCAAGACUACAUGGACAACAUCUACUAUGACAAGACUGCCAAAGCUUCCACCCAACCCCAGACACGGAUGGACAACUCAGUGCCCACACCUCGUCCUACAGAUGGCGUUGAUGUUUACUUUGAGAUGCCGGGUGAUGACAGUGAACAUGCCAACUUCCUGCGUGCAAAAAUGGACCUGGAGGAACGGCGAAUGAAACGCAUCAACGAGAUCAUGAAGGAGUGGGCAGAAGCAGACAACCAGUCAAAGAACCUGCCCAAGUCAGACCGCCAAGCAUUGAAUGAGCACUUCCAGUCUGUUUUACAGACUCUUGAGGGGCAGGUUGCUGGUGAGAGGCAGAGGUUGGUAGAGACACACCUGGCUCGUGUGGUCGCCACUUUGAAUAAUAACCGUAGACUGGCCCUGGAGAGCUACCUGAGCGCUGUGCAGAGCGACCCACCACAGCCGGACCGUGUGCUUCAGGCUCUGAAGCGUUAUAUGGCCGCGGAGCAGAAGGACCGACGACACACUCUGCGUCAUUACCAGCACAUCGAGUCUGCCGACCCGCAAAAAGCUGAGCAGAUGAAAUUUCAGGUCUACACUCACCUGCAUGUGAUCGAGGAGAGGAUGAACCAAAGCCUUGCUCUGCUCUAUAAGGUCCCCGGCCUGGCUGAGAAACUCCACGACGAAAUCCAGGAGUUAGUGAGAACAGAAAGGGGGGACAUCAGUGAGCUCAUGACCACUUCCUUCUCUGAGACACGCACCACUGAGGAGCUUCUUCCUGCUGAGAGUGAGGAAGAGAGAGAUGAUGAAGAGGAAGAGGAUAGAGCUUUCAAGAACCGUCCAUACCCUCCACGCAUUGACCCCCAACCCAGCGACAAGAAAGUUUCUUUAGUAGAUGAGUACGACUACACCACAUCUGAGAGAGGACCAACUUAUGAGUAUGAGGAAAAGAUCAACACCUCUGUAGAACUGAAGCAGGUGGUCUACAAGUCUCCAGGAAUCCAGAGAGAUGAGCUGCAGCCGGAUGUUUUAGAGACAUUUAACCGUGGUGCGAUGGUGGGACUGCUGGUGGUUGCUGUGGCCAUUGCCAUGGUGAUGGUUAUCAGCUUGUUGCUAGUCCGCCGUAAGCCAUAUGGAACCAUCAGCCAUGGCAUAGUAGAGCAGGUUGACCCCAUGCUGACCCCAGAGGAAAGACAGCUCAAUAAGAUGCAGAAUCACGGCUAUGAAAACCCCACUUACAAAUUUUUUGAGCAAAUGAACUGAGGAGUGGUCUUCAGUGACAAGGCCAUACCCUCCCCCUUGCCUCAUGUUUUUGAUCUGGGUUUCAAUGGCAACCCCAUCUCCCUUAUACUGUAUGUAUGUCUAUAUGACCGAUGUUAAAAAUGUACAACAAACCCGGCACGUGAAUAGGGAGUUUGUAGUAAAACGUUUGCAUACUACUCUCUCGUCAGGAGAGAAAACUAAUAACAGAAUCCGCAGAACAUAGAAAGCUCUCUCAUCCCCGGUUUUUGCUUUCGUUUGUGAGGGUGUGGCCACGGCAAGCAUUUUGGGUGUCCUUCAAUGCCAUUUAAAAUCUUGGAAAGGUGCCCCACAUGAUUUCCAUACGAAUUGUGGGUUUCAAAGAAGCUAGACCUGUUCUAGACUGGUUUGUUCUAUUGUUUCUAUUUUCAAAGCAGAGUUAAUUUCAUGGUGAAACUGUGAUAUGGAUGAAAUAAUAUAUUUUUGAGUUCACUUGGAAAACCUGGGAGGGAAGAUGAGUGUUGGCCCUCCUAGACAAACUAAUUAUAGAUUUAACUCAUUUUAAAGACUUCAGACUGAUAAAAGAACAAAGUUUGUAUUCAUAGAUAACCAUCUGACAUUCUGGUAGAUCAUUAGUCUCAAUCACACAAUAAGAAAUGUCUAUCUGAAUCAGUGUUUUUAAAUGUACCACAUACUACCCAAAAAAGCUUAGAAAUAUUUUCUAUCAUUACUUCUUUAAAAGUAAAUUCUAAGUAAUAUGAAGUCCAUAAACGUAAAGCAUGCAAAAUUUGGUGUAUGAUGCUAUAACGUACUUGUGUUGGUCCUGUUUCUUGCUUUUUGAUAAAAAUGAAAAAAUCACAGUGCAACAAUGACGUGUACAUAACUGAAGACGUAACUAAAAUAGACGUUUCUAUCAUUAAUUUGUAUCGAUGCAAUGUGUGGACGUAAAGAUGAGCUUGUGCUGCUCACACCGAGAGAGAGACAUUUCCUAACAUGGCUGAAUGAAAACAGACUGUUGUAUAAACCAGCACAAGCAAAUGACACAAUAACUUCUGACUGAAUGUAUCUUAGGUAGACAUAGACUCCAUUCGCGUUCCUCCUAACACACCACAGCAUUUUCUAGAAAGCUGUUAGAGCAUAGAUUAGUUAGCAUUGCUAAGCGCUCAGUUUUCAUAUAGUAGUUCAUGGAACUUUUACAUAUAGAGAGAGUUUGUGUUACAUGACGGAAACUAAUUUAUUGUCACGUCUAAAAGGUGGUAUGCUUGGUAGCUACAACUUGAAUGACAAGUUCUGGUUCAAAGAUUGGUUUAAUUUGCUGUCCUAAAAAAAUCAUAAGUUUGUUUUUAAUAUUAGAGGGUUGUCGAGUUGUCUGUCUAAUAUAUUUCUAGUAUGAUAGAAAUGUUGGGUGUCUGUCGCAGUGACAAUAACAUUAACGCAACCGUUUUACCAUUAGCUUGUUGUAGAGCAGGGGUGCCCAAUACGUCGAUCGCAAUGGCAAUGCUGGUAGAUCGCACAAAAUUUAAAUGUACUUUCGUAAAAUUUUAAUACAAAUAAAUAUAAUGUCUUUCCUUCUUUUAGUUUCUGUCUGACUUGCACUUGACGAGUAAAUAUUGACCAGACGAGGUUUUGUUUAUUCAGUUGCCAUGACUACUAGGUUUGCGCAUACGCGCCUUCCAAGGACUUCUGAGAACAGAGCGCGAAAUUGCGAUGCUACU